UUCGACUACGAGCCGAAGCCGUAUAAGGGCCCUUUAGCAGAUGAGGUUCUGGUGAAGCGGAAGAGAUUUUUAGGGCCCUCUCUGUUUUAUUACUACCAAAAGCCCCUCAAUAUAGUUGAAGGCAAAAUGCAGUAUUUGUUUGACGAGAAUGGGAGGCGUUAUCUUGAUGCAUUUGCAGGAAUUGUGACGGUUUCUUGCGGUCACUGCCAUCCUGAAAUCUUGAAUGCCAUAAUCGAACAAAGCAAGCUUCUUCAACAUGCAACGACCAUAUACCUGCACCAUGCAAUAGCCGAUUUUGCUGAGGCUCUAGCAUCUAAAAUGCCUGGAAACCUCAAGGUUGUGUAUUUUGUAAAUUCAGGGACGGAAGCCAAUGAGCUAGCUAUGCUGAUGGCACGACUCUACAGUGGCAACCUUGGAAUGAUUGCCUUGAGAAAUGCUUAUCAUGGUGGAAGUUCUAAUACGAUAGGACUGACCGCUCUUAACACCUGGAAGUACCCAAUUCCUCAGGGUGAGAUUCAUCAUGUUCUAAACCCAAACCCUUAUCGAGGAGUGUUCGGCUCUGAUGCCAAUCGUUACGCCCAAGACGUACAGGAUCACAUUGAUCAUGGCACUUCAGGAAAAGUCGCGGGGUUUAUAGCUGAGACAAUUCAGGGAGUUGGUGGAGCCGUUGAAUUAGCCCCUGGAUACUUGAAACUGGUUUAUGACAUUGUUCAUAAAGCUGGUGGUGUGUGCAUUGCUGAUGAGGUGCAAACCGGCUUUGGUCGUACCGGGAGCCACUAUUGGGGUUUCGAGACACAGGGAGUCAUUCCCGAUAUAGUUACCAUGGCUAAGGGGAUAGGCAACGGUUUGCCGCUUGGGGCUGUUGUGACGACUCCUGAAAUAGCAAGCGUGUUGGCUCAGAAAAUACAAUUUAACACCUUUGGAGGGAACCCCGUAUGCUCAGCCGGAGGUCUUGCCGUGCUUAAAGUUCUUGAUAAGGAGCAACGUCAAAAGCAUUGUGCUGACAUCGGCUCUCACAUGAUGGGUCGUCUAAGAGAUCUUCAGCAAAAACACGACAUAAUCGGUGACAUGAGAGGCAGAGGCUUAAUGGUUGGGAUAGAACUUGUGACUGACAGGAAAGAAAAGACGCCCGCCAAGGCAGAAACUGCAGUAUUGUUUGAAAGCCUUAGAGAACUUGGUGUUCUGGUCGGGAAAGGCGGACUUCAUGGGAAUGUCUUCAGAAUAAAACCCCCUAUGUGCUUUUCUAGAGAUGAUGCAGAUUUCCUGGUCGAUGCACUGGACUAUGCCAUAUCAAAGUUGUGACAAAUUCAUCCCGAAAUGUCUAAAUGUCGAACCACUAGAAGAUCAACUAAACCUCUGUAAGAGGAAUGCUUUUAAACUCUCUUGCCCAACUUCAGUUCCAUCUUAGUCUUCUCCUCUGUGGUGGAUAAGAUUGGAAAAUGUGUGUACGACUGAAUACAGUUGAAUUUUCUUGAAGUCUAUGUUUCUUUGGUGUAUAUUUGAUUCUACAUAAGUGCAUAUAAAUCUCAAAUGCUCCAAAAUAAGAUGCACUUUGGCAUUUCUGUAUA